GGAGUGGGGAAGAGCGCAAUUACUAUCCGAUUCACAACUGCUCAAUUUUACGAUCAAGGUUAUAAUCCAACAAUUGAAGAUUCAUAUCGAAAACAAUUCGUGGUAGACGACGAAGCUGUUACAUUAGAGAUCCUCGAUACUGCUGGACAGGAGGAAUAUGCAGCCAUGGCAGAUCAAUGGUAUACUUUCGGAGCGGGUUUUCUCCUCGUCUAUUCUAUCACCGACCGCCCAACUUUUGACUCCAUUCCAGGCUUCCAUCAAGAUAUUUUGAGGGUGAAAGAUAGACCUUAUGUUCCAUGUGUAGUAAUCUCGAAUAAGUGCGAUUUGGCACGAUUACGUGCUGUAGGGCAGUUAGAAGGAAGAGAUAUGGCCCGUUCUAUCCAAGCUCCCUUUAUUGAAUGUUCAGCAGUGGACGGUGUUAAUGUGGAUGUUGCAUUCCGAGAAUUGGUCAAGUUAGUGAGGAAAGAAGAGAGGGUGAGUCGUUCUUUUUCAUGUAAUUUCCUUGCGACAAAUCCACUUUUCCCUGCAUAUCAUACGUUUCAAUUUCCUCUUUACCUUGCCAGGCCUGCCGAGUGA